CCAUAAUCCAAUAGUACCAUUUCCAUUCCAUUCCAUUGUUGAUGUUGAUAAAAAUAAAAAUUUAUGAGACAUGGAAUCCGUUUCAAAAUAAAAAUUAGUGGUAAUUUAGUGAUGGUUAGGAGGCUUUUAGGAUUUCACAACAACCUGGACAGUGAGAAUUGUUAGACCUUCACACUCAAUACCCACAAACGUAUUGCAGGUUAUAAUAACAUUCAAUUUGGAAGGUAGCUUUGUUUGGAUUCAACUUACCAGUUAUAAAGGCAUGUAUCAUCUACUAUGUAGCUAUGUACAGACGCCCAAUGAUAACUACAUCCACAAAGAACAAGGGAACAAUGUCAAGAACUGUUUUUGGUAGAGUUGAAAUUUGGAAACACAGUAAAUGGAGAAGUACUGAUAAACCAAGAUAAUAUUAGCUGAGGUUUCCCAUAUUGAAGUCUGCAAAAGGCUAUACAUUCCAUUAUUGAAUGUGCCAUAAUUAUACGCCAUAUAUUCUGUAUUUAAAUUUUGCUAGAACGUUAAAUAUUAAAGUAGAAAACCUCUAAUAAGUAUGACUGAUGAUGACCGGCCACUACUUGGGACGUCUUCUGUGCUACAUUCCCUCUCUUUACGACAAAAAGUUAAAAGGGGAUUAAGGAGAAGUUCAAGAUGCAUUUUUGGACCACUUAUACUCAGGAGAUGUGUGGUUUUGGUAGUGAUUUUUAGCAUAGUUUUAAUUAUCAUUUAUUCAAGACAAACUCGAACACCAUACCUAGUCAAAUUCAUUAAAACUAACAGUCGUCCAGAACCAAAUAUAAGAUGUGGUGUCAUAAAUGGACCAAGAAUUUUGCAAAAUCAUGACCACAAAACUGAUGCUCGACUGAAGAGUUAUCCCAAAGUACUUGUAUUUGUGGAGACAAUAUUUUCCAAGCUAGGAAAGGAUAUUGCCGAAUUACUUGUCCAUUCUAGAAUUAAGUACAAAGUAGAAGUUACAGGAAAGAGUUUACCAGUUUUAACCAAUUUAGAUAAAGGUCGAUAUGGAGUUAUCGUUUUCGAAAACUAUAAUAAAUAUUUGCAAAUGGAUAAUUGGAAUAGAGAACUACUUGACAAAUAUUGCAGAGAAUAUUCAGUUGGUAUAAUAGGUUUUAUUCCACCAGAAGAAGAAACAUAUGUAGGAUCCCAACUGAAAGGCUUUCCCUUAUUUAUCCACACCAACCUUAAAUUGAGAGAUGCCGCUCUGAAUGCUGCUUCUCAAAUCCUGAGACUGACUAGAGCUGGAGAGACGGCGUGGGGCGAGUUACCGGGAAAUGAUUGGACUGUUUUCCAAGCAAAUCACUCUACAUAUGAGCCAUUAGAAUGGGCGCAUCGUAGUGAUUUUUUCCAAAUAAAUGACAGUGGUGUGAAAACUCCCCUACCCACUGUGAUUCAGGAUCAUGGUCUAUUUGAUAAUAUUCAGAGAAUCAUUUUUGGGUCUGGUCUAAGAUUUUGGUUGCACAGGCUGCUUUUCCUGGAUAGCCUUAGCUAUUUGAGUCAUGGUCAACUAAGUUUAUCGCUGGAUCGAUCAAUUUUAGUAGACAUCGAUGACAUUUUUGUAGGAGAAGUAGGAACCAGAAUGAAAUCUGAGGAUGUAGAAGCUAUAAUAAGUACACAAGAAAGACUGGCAGCUAUGGUACCAGGUUUCAGAUUCAACUUGGGAUUUUCUGGCAAAUACUAUAAUCACGGAAAUAGCGAGGAGGAUAAAGGCGAUAACCUCAUAUUGCAAAGCGUCGAUAAAUUCAUGUGGUUUUCACACAUGUGGAAUCAUCAACAACCCCAUCUAUAUGAUAAUUUGACUUUAUUGAUGGAGGACAUGGUACUGAAUAAAAAUUUCGCAAAGCAAUAUGAUAUUCCUAUAGACUCAGGAUAUUCAGUAUCUCCACAUCAUUCCGGAGUGUAUCCAGUUCAUGAAUUACUCUAUAUUGCCUGGAAAAAAGUUUGGAAUAUUAGAGUAACCUCCACUGAGGAAUAUCCUCAUUUAAGACCUGCAAGGCUAAGAAGAGGUUUCAUACACAGAAACAUAAUGGUGUUACCUAGACAAACCUGUGGUUUAUUUACGCACACUAUGUUUAUAGAUAGGUAUCCAGGCGGACGUGAAAAAUUAGAUGAGUCAAUACAAGGAGGCGAACUAUUUCAAACGAUUGUGUAUAAUCCAAUCAACAUCUUCAUGACACACAUGUCAAACUACGGAAACGAUAGGCUAGGUCUGUAUACUUUCGAAUCUGUAACAAAAUUUAUUCAGUGCUGGACUAAUAUUAGACUAACGUCUGCACCGCCAUUACAAUUGGCCGAGAAUUACUUCAAACUUUACCCUGGAGAAUCGGAUCCAGUAUGGGGGAAUCCUUGCGAUGAUCAGAGACACCAAAAAAUCUGGUCUAAAAAUAAAUCGUGCGAUUCCUUGCCAAAGUUUCUUGUAAUUGGACCACAAAAGACUGGAACUACUGCACUAUAUACAUUUCUAUCGCUUCAUCCAGCUAUUGCUAGUAAUCUCCCAAGUCCAACUACCUUUGAAGAAAUUCAGUUCUUUAACGCACACAAUUAUCUGAGAGGUUUAGAUUGGUACAUGAGUUUUUUCCCAACUGAUACCAACUCGUCAGCUCGCUAUUAUUUUGAAAAGAGUGCGACCUACUUUGAUGGCGAACUUGUACCAAGAAGAGUGCAUGCACUGCUUCCACACGCAAAGUUGAUAACGAUAUUGAUAUCACCAGCAAAAAGAGCUUAUUCUUGGUAUCAGCAUACCAAGGCACAUGGUGAUAUUGUGACGAACAAUUAUAGCUUCCACCAAGUUAUCACUGCAAGUGAUACAGCUCCCAAACCAUUGAGAGAUCUGAGAAACAGGUGUUUAAAUCCUGGCAAAUACGCACAACAUCUGGAAAGGUGGACGACAUAUUUUCCGCCGCAGUCGAUUCACAUUAUCGAUGGUGAGGAGUUGAAAUCAAAUCCAGUGGAAGCUAUGAACGAGUUGCAAAAGUUCUUAAAAAUCACUCCAUUCUUCAAUUAUACAGAACAUUUAAGGUUUGAUAAGAAAAAGGGCUUUUAUUGUCAAGUAGUCAAUGGCGACAACACGAAAUGCUUAGGUAGAAGUAAAGGCCGACAAUAUCCACCAAUGGAAGAGAAAUCCCUUAAAUAUCUCCAAAGAUAUUAUCUUAGUCAUAAUACUGCAUUGGUAAAAUUAUUUAAGAAAAAUGGAAUUCGUGUAGUGCCGAAUUGGCUUAAAGAAGAUUUGUCAGAUAAAAACGAUUCUGACAGUUGAAGCUGGCUUUUAACUGUCCUUAUCUAGAACUUUUUUUUUGCGAUAUCUGUGCCAUUUUAAUUGUUAGGUGUUAAAAUUGAAAGCUAGCGAACAAAAAUAACCCUUGCAGUUUGAAAAAAAGAUUUUAUAUUGGUUAAAAAACAGAUCAGGUAGUUAAGUUUAAAUUUUAAAAACUAUUGCAAAUUGGCCCGCAUCAGCAAAGUCUUGGAAAUUCUGGAUAUGCAAUUUAAAAUUUUUCACUAGGUUCUAAUUUUUAACUUAGAAUUUUAGAGCAGGUAAAGCGCUGUCCUGCGGACAUAAGGAGUAGGAACGCGCCAUUCUGCUUAUGAAACUAAAGUGAAGCCAAGUUUUUGGCAGGUGUUUGGCACCAAAAUACAAGUAAAGCAUUGAAUUGCCAUAACCGCCAUUUUUUGUGGGCCAAAAUACCUGGAAAAAAACGGCUUCAUUUUCCAAAUCCAGGUUACUACUCCUACUCCUUUACCUUUACCUGCUCUAAGCUUAGAAUAGUAUAGAGAAAAAUAAAAGUCUGCUAUUUAUUUUAUUUCCAAUUAAUAGAAUUUAUUUAGAUUUUUGCUGAUAUUUAUGAAAAAGUGAGGAUAAUUUUCUAAAUGGAUGUCUUUGUUUUUUUUUGAAUUAUUAAAAUACUUUAUAUGGAUUGACAAAAUUUAAAAAAAAAUACUGAGCACAGAAAUAAUGCUUUCUACUAACUAAGUUGAUCUAAUUUUAAUAUUUGUGAAAUUUUUGUAUUUUAUGAAAAGUACAAUUUUUGAUAUAUUUUUUUAUGCUAACCCUUUUAAAACUUCUUUUAAGGUAAUGUUUUGGAAUUAAAUUAAAUAUUUUUCUUUCAUAUAUAGGUAACUAAUAUAAAAAACUGGAAAUAAGUGAGGAAGGAAGAUAAACUAUAGAUAAAAUAACUUGAUGCAAUAGCAAAAUGAACAAUUGUUCAUUCAUAUCAAAAAUCAUUAUACCUAUUACUUGUAGAUUUUUUGUAAAUGUUGAUGUAAUUAUUUAAUAUUUUGUACAUUUAUUUUACCUUGUUUGUACAUAUUUAUAUUUUAUGUACUAUGUAGGUAUGCAUUUUAAAUAAAUAAAUGCAAUUUUAUGUGAAAUUGC